AUGUUUUGGUCGGCAGUUGCCUCCUCCACGGUUUCAUCGUCUGCCUCGGACGCGUCCGUGGCAAUGGCCAGUGCUGCUCCCACUUAUCAGCAGAUGCACAGAAAGCCAACCCGCCCCAUUUCCAACAAUUGGCAGCAUAGCAAUGCAGCGUUUAAAGCGCGACGCCACGAACAGCAGCAGAAGCAGAAGCAGAAACAGCAACGAAUACAGGAACAAAUCCAACAGCAGGAGCACGAAAAGGAACAACAACGUCAAAAUCAAAAACAACACGCAGCAACCAAACUGGACAUAGCCUUUGACAAGGGCAGUAAACUGCACGAGCAGUUUCUGGGCGACAAAAGAACAAAAUUGAUAUUUUAUCAACUUGUCUGA